AUGCAGACGAUCAAGUGUGUGGUUGUGGGUGAUGGUGCUGUCGGAAAGACGUGUUUGCUGAUUUCGUACACGACCAACAAGUUUCCCUCCGAAUAUGUGCCUACCGUGUUUGACAACUAUGCGGUGACGGUCAUGAUCGGCGAGGACCCAUACACGCUCGGCCUGUUUGAUACAGCCGGCCAGGAGGACUAUGACCGAUUGCGUCCGCUGUCGUACCCCCAGACCGAUGUGUUCCUCGUGUGUUUCUCGGUCACGUCUCCCUCCUCAUACGAAAACGUGCGCGAGAAGUGGCUUCCAGAAGUGCGUCAUCACUGCCCGGGCGUGCCGUGCCUGAUUGUCGGCACGCAGGUGGAUCUACGAGAUGACCCCGCGGUAGUGGAGCGCCUGGCGCGCCAGAAGCAGCGCCCCAUCUCGACCGAGAUGGGCGAGCGUCUCACACGCGAGCUUGGCGCGAUCAAAUACGUCGAGUGCUCGGCUCUCACGCAAAAGGGGCUCAAGAACGUGUUUGAUGAAGCUAUUGUUGCGGCACUUGAGCCGCCGGUCGUACGGAAAAAGGCGAAAUGUGCUAUUCUCUGA